AAAUAAUUAUUUCAUAAUAGGAGUGAGUUAGAGCGCGAAAAUUUUAUCACCUGCAUGAAGCGAGAAUGUGAAGAUAUUUUGCAAGUAACGCGAAAAAGUGCAGAAAAACAUUUUCAAGAAUUGAUAAAACUAUACGAAACUGCUCGAGGAAAGUCGGAGAUGUUGGAGAAGCAGGUGAGCAUUCUUCAGCAGAAGAACAAAAAUAAACAGGAGAAAACCUUAGAGCUGGCAAAUCUUCUCGAGACUUUGGCACAGUUUAAUGUAAACGUUGAAUCAGUUUGUCAAAUCGUAGCCGAAGGUGCGUUUCAAUUGAAACACGAUUGCGUUUAUGUUGAAAAAAUGCGAAAAUUAAGACAACUCACUUGGGAAGAAAAGGAGAAUAAUAAUAAAUUUUCCGAACAGGAACAACUUCGUCUGCAAAAUUCAAUUUUGAAAGAAAUUGUCAAAAGUCUUAAGAAAAAGAAAGAGACCCAAGAAAAAUUCCAAAAGUUACAGAUAAAAUAUUCAGGAACAGAACAAAUUCCAGAAAAAGAUGAAUCUCCAAAGCAAAUAAAAUCUCUGAAUUUUCGUGAUUGUAAUUUACCAAAUUUACCAAAUGUCGUCGAGGAGGGAAAAAAAUCAAUUUCACAAUCUAAUCAAAAAAUAAAUUUUCUACCCGAACCCAUGAGAAUGGAUACAAUAAUUCAAAAUUCAAAUAAUAUCGAGAGGAAUACUAAAACAAUGAAAAAUAGAUCUAAAAUUUCGAAACAAAAUUCGAGAAAUGUAGAGAAAUCAUCGAUUAUUCCACAUAUGGAAAUAUUUCAGUCUCAUUACAAUGGGAUUCCAUAUGAAGAAUAUAUUUUUAAAUUCUCGAGAAAUGAAGAAAUGAAAGUAAAAUUUUUACUUGCUGUCAAUGAUUUGCCAUUAAAAAUUCAAUUUACAGAUGACGAAGCCGAAUAUGAGGAUGCAUCAAUGGAUAAGAUUUAUAUUUUUCUCAGGAAUAUUGAAAAAAUCGUUAAAAUGAAAAAUUGUGGCCUAAAUUGUGCAGUUCAAACUGCGAGAGUUAAAUUAGUUGAUAAUUAUUCUCAAACUAAAUUGACCAAUUCGUCAAAUUCAUUUUCUCGAUUAAACGUCGGCGCUACGGUAAAGGAAAAUAAUUUUGAUAAAUUUAAAAACAUCGACAAUAAUAAUAUU